AUGGCCGGCAAGAAAGACCACAAGGGCAAAGUCUCCAUGAGGCGUGUGUCUAUCGCCCCGGAGGAUGAUUACAGUCCGCCUCCGUCGCCCGGUCCAAGCAAUUUUGGCCGCAAGUCAUCGCAGGGGAGCCCAGUGCCGUCCCACGUUUCGUUCGUCUCGCAGUCCCGGUCCCGUCUGGAUCCCAAUGGCAAUCAACAGACUACGUCGGCCCCGGCUACUUCAGCGACCUCAGCGCCGGCCUCCGCACCUGCUUCGGCGCCGGCUGCCACCUCUGCGGCGCAAAUCCCCGCAAACCGUUUCAGCGCGACUUAUCACCAGGCCCCUCAGACCUAUGGCAAUUAUUGGAGGCCCGUAACCCAUUCUCGGGGCGGCUUUGGCGUGCCGUUCACACCGAUGGUUAACCAGUUCUCUAUGGCGGCCCAGCAACCCCCGGCACCUCCUGCGCCUGUUAACCCUCCGGAUGAACUGGGGCCCCCUCCUCCUCCGCCCCCGCCGCCUGCCAUUCCGCCGGUUAUCAACCCCUACGGCGUCCACUUCCAGCCUCAGGUGCCCGGCACGGAGUUGGGCCCUAUGACCCAUCGUUACGUGCCUCGCCAGGACGCUUUUGGUGCGGCGGGGCCGAUGUACCCGGGUUUACAGUUUCCCAGUUACAUGGCCAACGGAGCGGCUAUGCCUAUGCAAUCGCUACCAAUGGGCGUGGCCCCCGCCACGGCUCCGAUGAACCCCAUCGUGGUGCAGCAGCCAGGCUUCGGCCCGAUGAUGCUUCAGAACCAUUCUAUACAGAGCGGUCCGCAGCUCAUGAUGCCGAACCCUGCCCAGGGUUACCCGAUGACAGGUAUUCCUUCUCACAUAACUGGCGUCCCGGCCCAGCCACCUGUCCACGUCGAGCCUGCAAUGGGUGUUGGCUUGACGCCCAACGAGACGGUUGCACAAAACAUGCGGAUAGCACAGAAUAACCAAGCGUACGAGCCGCAGGAUUUCAAGCCCGCUGAUCCGGACCCGUACCGCCUGUACUGGUUCCGCGAGAUGGACGGCCACUGGGCGCUGUUUUGCCGUCGCCAGAUCGAUCGCCUCGAUGUGCGUUGGUAUCGUACCGACGACGGCGUCUUUUACGCCAUCCGUCUCUCAGAAUGAAGGACGCGCCACGGAUCCUCUCGGUGGGUUUCGUCAACAUUGCUCCAGCUCGGUCUGAAUGCUGAUUAACACGGGAUCGAGCUGCGGCAGCAGUUUUCUUCAAUCAUUCUCAUCUAGUUUCUUUCCGGGUCGUGGUUCUUCGGCUUUUACGACCACCUACAACAGUAUACGGGUUGGGCCCUCGUGGGAGGAAUGGCAGCAUAACGGAAGUAUCUCAUUAUAGAGAACGAUGGCGUUGCGGUUUGCAUCAGGGACCCGAGGGUGAUUUGGCCCGGAGUUGGUGGUUUGCCUCGAUUUCGAGUACUGGUCUCUGGUAUUUGGCACAUGUGGUUUUAACGGCGAUGUGGCGGAAAUUGACUGUUCGCUGGGAAUGUGUGAAUCCUCUAUCUGUGUUGUUCCAUGUUGGAGUCUGACAAUGGCAUUCUU